GGAAUGGUGAAGCUGAGGCGGGUAUGGGAGGUGUGGGGGGAGUGGGAAAUCCGCGUGCUUGUCCUGACCAGCCUGUCCCUUCAGGUGUUCCUCCUCCUCGCCGGCGGCCUGCGCAAGCGCAGAGCCGAUUGGUGGCUGCGCAUGCCGCUCUGGCUCGCCUACCUCCUCGCCGACUACGUCGCCGUCUACGCGCUGGGCAAAAUGUCCCAGAGCGAGAGGCUCUGCGACGGCGGCUCACUCGAUGCUGCUGCAGGCGAGGUGCACCUCCUCGUCUUCUGGGCCCCGUUCCUCAUCCUCCAUCUCGGCGGGCAGGACACCAUCACCGCCUUCGCCGUUGAGGACAACGAGCUCUGGCUGCGCCACUUCCUGAGCCUGCUGUCGCAGGUCGCGCUCGCCGGAUACGUCUACUGGAAAUCGCGGCCCGGCGCCCGGCUCGUGAUCCCGGCGAUAAUCAUGUUCGUCGCAGGGAUCACCAAGUACGGCGAGCGGACACUGGCGCUCCGGGCGGCGAGCAUGGGCUGCCUGCGCAGCUCCAUGCUCACGCCUCCCGAUCCGGGGCCGAACUACGCCAAAUUCGUGGAGGAGUGCCAGUCGAGGACGGACGCCGGGCUGGUCGCCCAGAUCGUCAUCGUGCAGGAGCGGCCUCCGCACGACGACCGCCAUGUCGAAGUCGAGCGAGAGGAGUACGGUGACCUCGUGCACAGCGCGCACAGGUUCUUUCACACCUUCCGCCGCCUCUUCGUCGACCUCAUCCUCAGCUUCCAGGACCGGAUCGACAGCCUCGCCUUCUUCCGGAGACUGGAGAUGGAGCAGGCGUACAAGGUGGUGGAGAUCGAGCUGGUGCUCAUGUACGAGUGCCUCCACUCCAAGGCCCUCGUGAUUCAUGGCCGCCUCGGCCGCGGCCUGCGCCUCUUCACCCUGGCCGCGCCUGUCGUGUCACUCGUCCUCUUCAACCGCGCGUUGGGCGACAUGCGAGGCUACAGCUACAGCUACAAGCAGCAGGUUGACAUCAACAUCUCCUUCGUGCUCCUGGGAGGAGCCAUCUUCUUGGAGGCAUACGCGAUCCUGCUGAUCGCCGUCUCCUCCUGGACCUACACCGACAUGCGCGGCAGAGAGGUGCUCCGGCCCUUGGCGGCGGCGGUGUUCCGGCUGAUCAGCCUGUUCCAGCCGGAGAAGCGGCCCAGGUGGUCGAACAAGAUGUCGCAGUACAGCCUGAUCAGCUACUGCCUCAAGGACAGGUCCCUCUGGUGCAAGAAAGCCAUGGAGUGGCUGGAGUGGAGGUGGAAUUUCCGCGUGAAGACGGCGUGGGACAGCUGGAGGUACACGACGUGCAUCGCCGUGUCUGAGCAGCUCAAGGGCCACGUCUUCGAACAGAUCAAGAGCAAGGCGAGCAGCAUCAGCAAGGAUCCCAAGAGCUACCGGAAGGUCGGCGAGCACCGUGGCCAGUGGGCGCUCCAGCGCAAGGGCCUCUACCAGAAGUUGGGCUGGAGCGUCGACUGCGAGUUCGACGAGAGCAUCCUCCUCUGGCACAUCGCCACGGAACUCUGCUUCUACGCCAUUAAUGAUCCGCCGGAGAAAGACGAUGACGACGGAUGCUGCAGCUGCUCAUCUUCCAUUUCCAAGCGCCUCCGAUGGGGAUGCCUCUGCAGCUCCAGCUCGGGCCCUGCUGCCGGCGACAACAACGACGACGAUCAUGGCACCGCAUCACCACGCGGAGAGUCGGAUAAUCUGGUGACGGUGAGCAGGCAAAUAUCGAACUACAUGCUGUUCCUCCUGGUCAUGCGCCCGUUCAUGAUGACGGCGAGCAUCGGGCAGAUCCGCUUCGGCGACACCUGCGCGGAGGCCAAGAACUUCUUCCGGCGAGGAGACGACGACGAGACCAGAGACGAGAAGGGGUGCGCCGGCAGCCUCACGGCCGUGGACACGUCGAUCGCAGAGCCACGGGACGUGAAGGGGGACAGGAGCAAGUCGGUGCUCUUCCAGGCGUGCAAGCUCGCGAAGCAGCUCAGGGAGCUGGAGGGCAUCACGGAUGUCACAAGGUGGCAGCUCAUCGCCGGCGUGUGGGUGGAGAUGCUGUGCCAUGCGGCCGGAAAGUGCAGCGGCAGUGCCCACGCAAGGCAGCUCAGCCAGGGGGGCGAACUGCUCACCGUGGUGUGGCUGCUCAUGGCGCACUUCGGCGUGGGCGACCAGUAUAGGGUGGAGUCUGGCCAUGCCAGGUCCAAGCUCAUUGUUGAUAUCUGACAGCAGUUUACCCCUUUCA